GACGUAGAAGGGGCGCGGCGGGGGGGAUGGCUGGGGAAGAAAAAAAUACGUGACAAAGAACACUCUCUUCCUGGGAGGAGACUGACAGAGGGUGUAGAGCUGGAGGGAGCAGUCACUGGCCAUGCCAGUACUUACCACUGAUGCUGAGUCAGAAACAGGUAUCCCAAAAUCCCUUUCCAAUGAGCCUCCCUCAGAAACCAUGGAGGAAAUAGAGCACACAUGCCCACAGCCUCGACUGACCCUGACUGCUCCAGCCCCUUUUUCGGAUGAAACCAGCUGCCAGUGCCUCGCACCCCAUGAGAAACUGACCAUUGCGCAGGCCCGCUUAGGAACACCAGCGGACCGACCUGUCAGAGUAUAUGCGGAUGGGAUAUUUGACCUCUUCCAUUCAGGCCAUGCGAGGGCACUUAUGCAGGCAAAAACACUGUUUCCCAACAGCUACUUACUGGUGGGAGUUUGCAGUGAUGAGCUCACCCACAAAUUCAAAGGCUUCACUGUGAUGAACGAAGCAGAGAGAUAUGAAGCUCUCAGACACUGUCGCUAUGUGGAUGAAGUGAUUAGAGAUGCUCCCUGGACACUUACCCCAGAGUUUCUUGAAAAACACAAGAUUGACUUUGUGGCCCAUGAUGACAUUCCUUAUUCUUCUGCUGGCUCCGAUGAUGUUUACAAACAUAUAAAGGAAGCAGGAAUGUUUGUUCCGACCCAGAGAACCGAAGGAAUCUCAACAUCAGACAUUAUCACCAGAAUUGUCCGUGACUACGAUGUGUAUGCCCGACGAAAUCUCCAGAGGGGGUACACAGCCAAGGAACUCAAUGUCAGCUUUAUAAACGAGAAGAAGUAUCGUUUCCAAAACCAGGUAGAUAAAAUGAAGGAAAAGGUCAAGAAUGUAGAAGAAAGAUCAAAGGAAUUUGUUAAUAGAGUGGAAGAGAAAAGUCAUGAUCUUAUUCAGAAAUGGGAAGAAAAAUCAAGAGAAUUUAUUGGCAACUUCCUAGAACUGUUUGGGCCGGAUGGAGCAUGGAAGCAGAUGUUCCAGGAGAGGAGUAGCCGGAUGCUGCAGGCCUUGUCUCCGAAGCAGAGCCCCGUGAGCAGUCCUACCAGGAGCCGCUCUCCUUCUCGCUCCCCCUCACCCACCUUCGCCUGGCUCCCGAGCAAAACUUCGCCCCCAUCAUCGCCCAAGGCGGCCUCAGCCUCUAUCAGCAGCAUGAGUGAGGGGGAUGAGGACGAGAAGUAAAGGCGGCUGGCCCACGGCGGGAGCCACGCCACGCAGGCUGGGGAGGCGGGCCAGGUCACGGGGAGUGCCUGGAAAGAGUGGCAAGAGCUGCUGCUCUGCAGGUGCACCCCGGGCUUUGCUAGGGGGAGGCCUUCGGACCGGCUGGCAGGCUCCGCUCAGCCCAAGACAGGCUCUGCAUGGAGGCUCCUUGCUGCGCACUUCCUUAGCGUCAUUAGAAUCAUUCUACCUUAACCGAGCUCUCGGGAGAUGCAGAGCACCACUAAGAGACUUGCACUGAGUGGGGCGUCUUCUGCUUUGGUCCUGACACCCCCCAGCAAGUGCACCACCUGUGCAAACUGCUGUUCCCUCAACCUGCUACUUCCGGCCCCGUAAAGGGCCCUGCACGUUGUCUCUCACCACCCCAGCUCUGCCAGAAUCAAGUUGUUUUAUAGAGAGGAGACAAAGUGCUUCUGAAAUAGCCGAGUUAAACACAGACUCCCGCCUUCUCGCUUUGACCACUGAGAUCAGUUCUUACAGUUCCAGGAACAUGGAGCGUAGUAGCCUGGCUUUAGGCCACAUAUGUAACAGGCCAUCUAGAGUGAACCUUUAUUCCUCAUUCAAAGAAGUUGGUCAAAGAGAUAGUGCCACAGGCUUACUAUCCUUCUGGCGAGGCUGAUCUAUCUUUGGUUUGAUUUCUUAUUUUCCCAGAAAUUAUCUUAAUCACUGGGAAAUGCAACAAAGGGAAAAAAACUCAUGUAUAUAGAAAAGGGAGCUGUGUUUCUUUGGCUCCAAGUUAAGCAGAUGGUAAAUGUUUCUUAAAGCUUCUCCUUAAAAAGAUCUCUCAUGGGAUGGCUUUUCCCAUUUCUGACAAGUUAACCAUUUCAUAGACCUCAAGUAACAGUUUGAUGUACCAAAUCUCAUAGUGUACCAAUAGUGGGUGCUACCUGCACGUAUCUGUUCUAUGUAAGCCCCAACUUUGCCAGCCAGGGUGUAUACCAUAUACAAUAUUAAAAUAUGGUGGUGGCAUUUUAUAAUGUAUACUUCCCCUACUCUCACCCAAACCCCCACCCAAAUCCUUGAUCUAAAGAACUGUGUAGUCCCCUUGUGAUUUGGGCUCUUUGUCAAAACCUCCCCCUGGGUUCCUGUAAAAAUGUCCUGUCCCAACCAAGAAGCUUGUCUGUUGUUCUCAUAUUGUCUCAUCACAUCUGUGGGUGAAGGAAGACUUUUUAACAAUGCACUAUGGGUGCCUCAGCUCUGAUGCCGGCAUGAUUGGUCUAGGUGGUAUUGUGGUUCUCGCUGACCUGGCCAAAAGAGUGAAGAUGAAGCAUCCUGCGGUUUGAAGCUACCAUUGCCUAAUCACGGGGAGGAGAAGAGCAGAGAAAGCCAGGGGGUAGAACUCUAGAAGAUGAAGCAUUGCCUAGCUGUCCCAAUAAAGGCAGGGACAGAACUGAGAUCUGAAGAGAGACCCAAAUCAGUGACUUAUGGCUUCAACCUGCAUGUCUGGUGACAGAAACACCCCUUUUCAGAAGCCCUGAAAGUUGGGCAAGCUAAUGGAGGUGGCACAUCUGUCCACCCUGGUGUCGGGGUUGAUCUACCUCCCACCCACUUGGAGGUGAGUGGUAUUUGCUGGGAAGCAAGCCAGGAAGCUAAGAUAACAUACAAGCCCCUUGUUUGAGUCACUUUCACAGAAAUUCUGUCUAGCAGAGCUGACAGGACGUGGCAUGUGAAUUGUUUUUGGUAUUUGGGGGGGGUACACAUAGCAGUGCUCAGGACUUACUCCUGACACUGUGUUUAGGGAUCACUCCUAGCAAGCUUGGGGGACCAUAUGGUAUGCCAGAGAUUGAACUUAAAUCGGCCAUGUGCAAGGCAAGCAUCCUAUCCCCUGUACUAUUGCUCCGGCCCCAAAGAAUGCAAGUGGGAAUGCAUUUGGUAAGAAAGG